UGGAUGACUUGAGUCUCGCAUUUACGCGGGAAAUUGAGCGUUGAGCGGCGUGUGCAGGUUACACGUAUCCGGAAUACAUUUUGGAAUAAGGGUGUAAGAUUAUCGCGGGCGGUUUCUCUGUCAAUCAUGUCGAGUCCUAUGAGACCGCCGAGGACCCCCGUUCCUCAGGAUGACAACGAUUCGACGAACGGCACCCCGAGACGACAGCCUCGGACUCCAACCUCCGCCAGAGCUCCUUCGGUUGCCGGUACACCUAGCACCAUUCAUUCAGCAUCCACAAGACAAGGUACACCUCAAAGAAGAUCAGGAAAUAAUCCAGUAGACACUCCGUUACGAUGGGGUGGCCGUCCAGCACAAGAGACUAUUGCACCAUCGUCGGAGGGUCCCUCUUCUGUGCCAUUGUCUUCUCCGAAUCGAUUGGUACAAACAAGCCCCCUUGCUAUGGGCAUGAGCGAAGAAUUGUCUUCUCCGUUGAAUUAUGGAACACCUAGUUCCUUGGCAUCAGUUCGUACUCCUCGCAGUGGUAUUAGGGGUACACCUGUGCGACAGAGGCCAGAUGUUCAAUCUGACAGACGUAUGCGACAAGUUAACUUGGCCGAAAUACCGGAAGAACCCAAUGCUCAAAGAACAUCAGAGACUGAGAAUGGUCCACAGUUGGUAAUCUGGGGUACAAAUGUUGUAGUGGAUCAGUGUAAGGAACAAUUUAAACGAUUUAUCCUGCGAUUCAUCGAUCCAGAAGCAGAGAAUGAUGAAUUGCCUGAGAACAUGAAUCUGUCAGAUCCACUUUACUUGCAAAAACUUGAAGAGAUACAUACAUUGGAGGAACCUUACUUGAAUAUAAACUGCGCUCAUCUCGAGGCAUUUGAUAAACAGCUUUACAGUCGAUUGGUAUGCUAUCCUCAGGAAGUGAUACCAGCUUUCGACAUGACCGCGAAUGAAAUGUUCUUUGAGAGAUAUCCUGCAGCAGUGUUGGAGCAUCAAAUUCAAGUACGACCCUACAAUGUUACCAGAACCAAAAGCAUGCGCCUUCUAAAUCCAGAGGACAUAGAUCAAUUGAUCACAAUCACUGGUAUGGUCAUUAGAACAUCGAACAUUAUGCCGGAGAUGCGAGAAGCGUUUUUCAGGUGCAUUGUCUGCUCUUUCACGACAACCGUGGAGAUCGACAGAGGUCACAUAGCCGAGCCCACAGUGUGCACGCAUUGUAACAACAAUUACUGUUUCAACUUGAUACACAAUCGCAGUCAUUUCUCUGACAAGCAAAUGAUCAAACUACAGGAGUCGCCGGAUGAUAUGCCGGCUGGUCAGACCCCUCAUACAGUGGUUCUUUUCGCACAUAAUAAUUUAGUUGACGCCGUCUCGCCGGGUGACAGGGUUUCCGUCACCGGUAUAUAUCGCGCGUUACCGAUACGCGUUAAUCCGCGACAGUCCAAUGUACGCGCUAUCUACAGAACGCAUGUUGAUGUUGUCCACUUCAGGAAACAAGAUUCGAAGCGACUAUACGAGCAAGAGGAGGGCAAGGAUCAUGCAUUUCCACCAGAAAGAGUGGAACUAUUGAAACUGAUAUCACAGAAGGAGGACGUGUAUGAACGACUGGCACGGCACAUUGCUCCCAGCAUCUACGAAAACGAGGAUGUGAAGAAGGGAAUAUUGCUGCAAUUAUUUGGUGGAACGAAAAAAGAGCAAAAUAAAUCGAGCAAGAAAUAUUUUCGGUCCGAGAUAAAUAUACUUCUGUGUGGAGAUCCGGGUACGAGUAAAUCGCAACUGCUACAAUUCGUCUUCAAUCUGGUACCUCGCUCGCAGUAUAGCAGCGGAAAAGGUUCCAGCGCUGUCGGCUUAACUGCUUUCGUAACGAAAGAUCCGGAAACUCGUCAAUUAGUCCUGCAAACCGGCGCUCUAGUGCUCGCUGAUAAUGGUAUCUGUUGCAUCGACGAGUUCGAUAAGAUGAACGAUAGCACGCGCUCUGUAUUGCACGAAGUUAUGGAGCAGCAAACGCUGAGCAUUGCAAAAGCUGGUAUUAUUUGCCAGUUGAAUGCGAGAACAAGUAUUUUGGCAGCGGCCAAUCCUUGCGAGUCGCAGUGGAAUAAAAAUAAAACAGUGAUAGAAAAUGUCAUGUUACCGCAUACGCUAAUGUCACGUUUCGACCUAAUUUUCCUGAUGUUGGAUCCUCAGGAUGAAAUAUUCGACAGAAAACUCGCCAGACAUCUGGUAUCGCUGUAUUACAAAUCUGAUUUAGAGGAAGAGGAUGACAUCGUGGAUAUGAGCAUUCUACGUGAUUAUAUAGCCUAUGCCAAGGAACACGUUCGUCCUAUUCUCAAUGAGGAGAGCCAACAGAGGCUGAUCCAGGCUUAUGUUGAUAUGCGCAGAGUAGGAAGCGGCCACGGACAAAUCACAGCCUAUCCGAGGCAACUGGAGUCGCUGAUACGGCUCGCUGAGGCACACGCUAAGAUGCGAUUCAGCAACAUAGUGGAGAUUACAGAUGUCGAGGAAGCUUGGAGGUUACAUCGAGAGGCGUUGAAGCAAUCGGCCAUCGAUCCAUUAAGUGGCAAAAUCGAUAUUAGUAUCCUAACAACAGGCAUGUCGUUGGCUGCGAGGAAACGCAGACAGGAACUGGUGGAGGCGUUGAAGAAGCUUAUUAAAGGCAAAGAGAAGACACCGACGCUAAACUACCAAAAAAUUUUUACAGAAUUGAAAGAAUCUUCCAGCAUGUUGGUGACACGUGAAAUGUUUGAAGAUGCUCUGAAAGAUUUGCAAGAUAAUGGUGUUGUAAUUGUAACCGGAAAAAAUACUAUUCGUGUUUGUUAAAAUAUUAUUUACAAUUUCAAAUUGCCUUGUUUAGGAUAUCUGUAGGAAAUUAGUAAGUACUUUUUCAUUGACGUAUUUUAUGAAAGAUUAUUGCUAACUAUUUUUAUAAAAGGGCUUUUAUAUUCCAUAAUAAAUAAUAAUAAAUAA